CAGUAAUCGCCCGGCAUUUUCAACUUCCAGUCAUUCUCGUUGUGAAACAACAUGGGCGACGUUGACGAAGACUGUUUGUUCGCUAGAAAGGUCGUCACUGACCUGCAGACUUGUGAUAGAGGUGACGAAAAACGCGUUUGUGACGUGAAACAUCAAGAGGAAUUUUGUCUCCAUCCAGUAUCCGUAUCUCCUAUCACACGCCCACAUUCACUGUUUAAGCGUCGCAUCACACUCUUUCCCAACCAAGAUCAAACAGACGUCGGCUCGUUUGCUCUACACACAUUCUACCAACAGCUCAAGCAGUUCUGCCAGCUAGACAGCAGCACAGCCAACAAUUUUCUCUUGGCGGCUUGUGGAGGCACCGCUUUGUCCGAUGACACACCGACUAUUAACACUCAUCGAUUGCAAGCCUUAAUUGAAGGAGGUGGCUACGAGUCCAUACAGUACCAACUCUAUUUGACUGAGAUGAGACGUAUCAGCGCAGACAUACCGACCAACCAUCUUGUCAUAAAUGGUUUAUAUCAACUAACGAGGAGUUUAACGAGGAGCAAUCAGGGUGUUGUGUAUGGGAAUGAGAGCAUCGAGACUAUCGACGUACGUCAGGCUGUGAAGUUGCACACGACCGAGAGAUCAAUCCUUAUUCGUUUCUGGUCGCAACCAAAUCGAUCAGAAGAGACGGGCAUUUUUGAUGCAAUCGGCUCCUCGUUUGUUGAGUAUAUUUACACCGUGUUUGGAAGCAAGGGAGUCAAAGAGCUCGUGUCUGUUGCCGCCCAGAGUUUGGAUAAUCCUGAGGACUUUGUGUUUAGAGGUCACACGAUGUCCGAGUUGGAAUGCAAGUGGAGAGAAUACGUCGAGAUGUCGGUUAGUUGUCACUCUCGGAUGUCGAUCUUGCAAUUCGUUGCGUGUCUGUUUGCACACUAUGUCAAGCAGCAUGCGAUUCAUGUCAUCUUCAUGUUGCUGUUGAGUUGCGCCGACGUGGCUGCCUCGCUCGGCACGUCGCUCUUGAUUGGUCGAUUGUUCGACGUCGUCGUUGAAUCGAAUCGCAGCACGUUGGCUCUCAUCAAUCCUGCGUAUCAACUUGUGAUAGUUUGGUGCAGUCAGAUGGCAAUCGCUUUGAUACACGUGAUGCUAUCAGUACGGCUUGCGGUUCACGUUUCGUGCAAACUUCGGGAGCAGUUGUUUUCUAGAAUGCAUCGCGUUCGUCCUCAGUUUUUUCUUGACAACAGCAGCGCCUCCAUUAUUUCCUGCUUUUCGAAUGACAUUGAGAGCAUCGAGAUUGCUAUUGCCAUCACGUUCACUCUCUGUCUGCAGGCAGUUCUUCUCGUUGUCACGAGUUUAGGCUUUCUGUUGUUGAUAGAAUGGAGACUGACGCUUGGCUUGAUUGUCGUUGUAUUGCUUUUUCAGAUUGUAAUCAACGUGAUGGCAAGAAAGGCAAGUGACUAUCAGUUCAAUAAGGGAGAGUGUCUUAGUAGACUGCUCAGUAUGAUGAAGGACAACAUUGAUGGUUAUCGAGUUAAUGCAGUUUAUCACUUGGAAUCGUAUUGGAAUCGUGCAUUUUGCAAGCUUGUAGAGACCAAGUAUGUGAAUCAGGUGGUGAGAGGCUUUCGGUUCACAUUGAGUCUUCAGAUGAUUAGCAUGCUUCAUCCUCAGAUUACUGCCAUUUUCUAUCUGAUAGCCGCUGCUCUCCUCAUCAAACUGGAUCUCUUCACGUAUUCUGAGAUGCUCGUGAUGUACACGGUGGCUGCUUUUACUGCUUCAGGUGUCACUGUUUUGGGACGGUCAAUCAGUCAGCUGACAAGAGCAGCAGCAGGGAUGGCACGAGUACAAACACUUUUAGACGACAGAAGUGCACACGGAUACAAAGAAAGUACAAACAGUACAAACAGAAGAAUAAUCAAGACUUUAGAAGUGAAAGGAUGGUCUGAUAAUCCAACAGUUGAGCUUAGGAAUGUGUCCUUCUGUUAUGAGACUCACAGCACCUUGUGGAAUGUGUACAAUGUCUCUCUCAAAAUUCCGUUUGGUCAGUCUGUUGCAUUGGUGGGUGGAAGUGGAGCAGGUAAGAGCACCAUACUGAGUCUCAUUGUAAACAUGUACUCGCCAACGGAGGGAGACGUGCUAAUUGACGGUCAAAACGUACAAAAUAUUUGCCCCGAAGAUCUGCCUUUUGGUGUAACUUUGCAACAGAACUACCUCUUCAAUAUGACAGUCGGUGAGAACAUUCGGUUAGGAAGAUUAGAUGCUAGUGGUCGGGAUAUUGAGAAUGCAGCUAAGGCUGCUGCUAUUCAUCGAUUUAUUAUGCAACUUCCUCUGCAGUACGACACACUGAUUGGUGAAGAGGGAGUGGCACUGAGUGGUGGACAGCAGCAACGAAUAGCAAUUGCUAGGAUGCUUGUACGUCGGCCGAAAAUCCUUCUUUUAGAUGACGUUACUUCGGCCCUUGAUGCGCUAUCUGAACAAAGAGUAUUUGCAACAAUCAGAAAGCUUUUUCAUUGUCACACGGUCAUCUACGUGACACACAAAUUGAGCCUCGCACAACCGGCUGAAUGUAUUGUUUUUAUGUCUCAUGGCAAAGUGAAAGAGAUAGGAAAUCAUUGCGAUCUGAUGGAGAAACAGGGUGCUUACUAUCAUCUGUGGAAUGAGCAGCAGCACAUGCAGAAUCACAGCACGCACGUCAAAGGUUUUGAGAGAGACGGGAAUACAGCAGAGAAGUCACAUAUGAGCAGCUCUAUGUUGACAUCAUCAACUGGUUUGUCUGGUUCGGGUAAUCCUCUAAGGCAUACUGGAUCGGUAGAUGACAUAGGAACUCCGCAGAUUAUUGAAUUUCUCAUUGACCAUUCUGAAGCUAAUGAUCCGUACCUUCCUUCAUCUGAAGUUAGAGAAUCUUGUAGACCUUCUUGGCGAACCUCUUUACCAUUCGACUUUCUUCGUUGUAACAAAACAUCCCAAUCUUUAGACUUAUCAAACCCUCACUCAGUUGGAUGCAGCAACCAUCAAGACACGAUUCAGCGAACUGGAUCAGAGUCAGCUGUAGGUGUCACUCUCUCACAUAUGCAAAGUGAUCAAUAUUCAAGUACAAUGGCUACAGAAGAGAAAGACUCUACGCUUGACUGUCAGCAACAUAACGAACAUGCAAGUGAAGCCUCAGAUGUGUCUGAAUGAUGAAGAGAAAUCUGACACAUGAAGUGUAAUGAAGUAGUAAACUAUAACAAAGACGUAAGAUGAAGUAAACAUUGUUACUUGUUUACACUUUAGAAAUUAAUUAUUGUGCAAUAGAUAAUUAAUAUCUUGAAAUGUUGAGCUGUUGUUGUUAAUAUUAAACAUAAAAACAA